CCUCCGCAGACGGAAGCCGGGCAGGGACGAGGGAGCCGGGAAAGCUGGAGCGGCAGGAUGGGGGACUCCAAAGUGAAGGUGGCGGUGCGCGUCCGCCCCAUGAACCGGCGAGAGCUUGAUCUGCAUACAAAAUGUGUGGUGGAUGUGGAUGCAAACAAGGUUAUUCUUCAUCCUGUAAACACCAACCUUUCAAAAGGAGAUGCCAGUAGGAGCCACCCAAAGGUGUUUGCUUAUGAUCACUGCUUUUGGUCUAUGGAUGAAUCUGUCAAAGAAAAAUAUGCAGGUCAAGAUGUUGUUUUCAAGUGCCUUGGGGAGAAUAUUCUUCAGAAUGCCUUUGAAGGCUACAAUGCUUGCAUCUUUGCCUACGGGCAGACGGGAUCUGGAAAAUCAUACACAAUGAUGGGGACUGCUGACCAGCCUGGAUUAAUCCCUAAACUUUGCAGUGGACUCUUUGAAAGAGCACAGAAAGAGGAAAAUGAAGAGCAGAGUUUCAAAGUGGAAGUAUCCUACAUGGAGAUAUACAAUGAGAAAGUCAGAGAUCUCCUUGACCCAAAAGGAAGCCGUCAGUCAUUAAAGGUUAGAGAACACAGUGUUUAUGGCCCUUACGUAGAUGGCCUAUCCAAACUAGCUGUUGCUAGCUACAAGGACAUCGAGUCCUUGAUGUCUGAGGGCAACAAAUCCCGAACAGUGGCUGCAACCAACAUGAACGAGGAGAGCAGUCGGUCCCACGCAGUGUUCAAGAUUACCCUCACCCACACGCUCUAUGACGUACAAUCAGGGACAUCAGGUGAGAAGGUGGGCAAGCUGAGCCUGGUGGACUUAGCAGGGAGUGAAAGGGCAACUAAGACUGGUGCUGCAGGGGACAGGCUGAAAGAAGGAAGCAACAUUAACAAAUCCCUCACAACUCUUGGGUUGGUUAUUUCUGCCCUGGCAGAUCAGGCUGCUGGCAAGAACAAGAACAAAUUUGUUCCAUAUCGUGAUUCUGUGCUCACUUGGUUACUUAAAGAUAGCCUUGGUGGGAACAGCAAGACUGCCAUGGUGGCAACGGUGAGCCCAGCAGCGGAUAACUACGAUGAGACCCUUUCCACCCUGAGAUACGCGGACAGGGCCAAGAACAUCGUCAACCACGCCGUGGUCAACGAGGACCCCAACGCUCGCAUCAUCCGGGAGCUCCGGGAGGAGGUGGAGAAGCUGAGGGAGCAGCUCACGAAAGCUGAGGCUAUGAAAUCACCCGAAUUAAAAGAACGAUUGGAGGAAUCUGAGAAGUUGAUUCAGGAGAUGACUGUGACCUGGGAAGAAAAAUUACGAAAAACUGAGGAGAUAGCUCAGGAGCGUCAGAAACAGCUGGAAAGCCUUGGCAUAUCCCUUCAGUCUUCUGGAAUAAAAGUUGGGGAUAAUAAGUGCUUCCUGGUCAAUUUGAAUGCAGAUCCAGCUCUCAAUGAACUUCUGGUGUACUAUUUAAAGGAGCACACGUUAAUAGGCUCAGACAACUCCCAAGAUAUCCAGCUGUGUGGAAUGGGAAUUCUUCCUGAGCACUGCAUCAUAGACAUCACCCCAGAAGGCCAGGUUAUGUUAACUCCUCAAAAAAAUACCAGGACAUUUGUAAAUGGUUCUGCUGUCGUGUGUCCAAUCCAGCUCCAUCAUGGAGACAGGAUCCUGUGGGGAAACAACCACUUCUUCAGGCUGAAUUUGCCAAAGAAGAAAAAGAAGGCAGAUCAUGAGGAUGAGGAGCGGGACAACUCCAUGAAGUGCAGUAACAGUGUGGAGCAGCUGGAUGUAGAUGGAGACAAUUCCAGUGAAGUGUCCAGUGAGAUCAACUUCAGCUAUGAAUAUGCCCAGAUGGAAGUCACUAUGAAGGCCCUGGGUAGUAAUGACCCGAUGCAGUCGAUCCUGCAGAGCCUGGAGCAGCAGCACGAGGAGGAGAAGAGAUCUGCCCUGGAGAGGCAGAGGCUGAUGUACGAGCACGAGCUGGAGCAGCUCCGCAGGCGGCUGUCGCCGGAGAAGCAGCAUUUCCGCAGCAUGGACCGGUUCUCCUUCCACUCUCCCAGCGCCCAGCAGCGCCUGAGGCAGUGGGCCGAGGAGAGAGAAGAAAUGUUGACCCACAGCCUGAGGAAGCUGCGAGAGCAGAUUGUUAAAGCCAAUUUGUACGUGAGAGAAGCCAAUUUUAUCGGAGAGGAGCUGGACAAGAGGACAGAGUACAAAGUGACCCUCCAGAUCCCAGCUUCAAGCCUUAAUGCCAACAGUAAGAGAGGUGCAAUUCUCAGCGAGCCUGCUAUCCAGGUGAGAAGGAAGGGGAAAGGCAAACAGAUUUGGUCACUGGAGAAGCUGGAGAAUCGAUUGGUGGAUAUGAGGGAUCUUUACCAGGAGUGGAAAGACUGUGAGGAAGACAACCCAGUGAUGAGAUCUUACUUCAGGAGAGCUGACCCGUUCUACGACGAGCAGGAAAACCACAGCCUUAUUGGAGUAGCCAAUGUUUUCCUUGAGUGCCUGUUCUAUGAUGUGAAGCUACAAUAUGCAGUUCCAAUCAUCAAUCAGAAGGGAGAGGUGUCAGGUCGUCUCCAUGUUGAAGUUGUUCGAGUGAGUGGAGAGAUCGACGACAGGCUGGUGGGAGGUGAGGACAGUCCUGACUGUUCCAGUGAAAACGAUGUUCAGGAGAGAAAACUUGUCUGCAGGAUUAAAAUACUUCAAGCUACAGGUUUGCCACAGCACCUCUCCAACUUUGUGUUCUGCAAAUACACAUUCUGGGAUCAACUGGAGCCUGUCAGUGUUGCACCUGAGGUGGAUCCUUCCCAAUCUUCCAUCAGCAAGGAGCCACGGUGCAUGGUGGUCUUUGAUCACUGCAAUGAAGUUUCUGUCAAUAUUUCUGAAGACUUCAUGGAACACCUCUAUGAUGGUGCUUUGGCCAUUGAGGUUUAUGGGCACAAGCAGAGUGGUGACCGCAAAAAUCCAGCCCUGUGGGAUUUGGGAAUAAUUCAGGCCAAAACACGCAGCCUUCGUGACAGGUGGAGUGAAGUGACCCGCAAAGUAGAACUGUGGGUUCAAAUUCUGGAGCUGAAUGAGAAUGGGGAGUAUUGCCCAGUGGAGGUGACUCCUGCCAAGGAUGUCAGCACAGGAGGCAUCUUCCAGCUCAGGCAGGGACAAUCUCGACGGAUUCAGGUCGAAGUGAGAUCUGUGCAGGAAUCUGGGACCUUACCACUGAUGGAGGAAUCCAUAUUGUCUGUUGGCAUUGGCUGUGUUCAAAUAAAACAUGUCAAGUCACAAAAUUAUCAGGAAGAAGAAGAUGAAAUGGACAGUUAUCAGGACAGGGACUUGGAGAGGCUCCGUCGGAAAUGGCUCUGUGCCUUAACCAAGCGUCAGGAGUACCUGGAUCAGCAGCUGCAGAAACUUGUUGGGAAGCCUGAUAAAACAGAAGAUGAUGCAGAUCGGGAGGCUCAGCUCUUGGAGAUGAGGUUGACCCUCACAGAGGAAAGGAAUGCUGUGAUGGUCCCUUCUGCUGGCAGUGGGAUCCCUGGAGCUCCAGCAGAGUGGACUCCUGUGGCUGGUAUGGAAACUCACAUUCCUGUUAUAUUCCUUGAUUUGAAUGCUGAUGACUUCAGCUCCCAGGACAACCUGGAUGACCCAGAAGCUGGAGGGUGGGAUGCUACUCUUGUUGCAGAAGAGGAGGAGGAAUUCUUUGAGCUGCAGAUUGUGAAGCAUCAUGACAGUGAGGUGAAAGCAGAAGCCUCCUGGGAUUCCACAGUCCACGACUGUAUCCAGCUCAGCAAGGGAACGGCAGCGGAUGAGAGGGUUUAUCUGAUUGUCAGAGCCACUGUCCAGCUCAGCCACCCUGCAGAGAUGCAGCUGGUGCUGCGCAAGCGCAUUUGUGUCAACGUCUAUGGCAGACAGGGCUUUGCACAGAGUUUCCUCCGAAGGAUGUCCCCCCGAAGCUCCAUUCCUGGCUGUGGUGUCACUUUUGAGAUAGUCUCAAACAUUCCAGAGGAUGCUCAGGGAGCUGAAGAGAGGGAGGCACUGGCCAGGAUGGCAGCAAACGUGGAAGAUGCAGCCUCAGCCGACUCUGAGGCCUAUAUUGAGAAGUACCUGCGGAGCGUGCUGGCCGUGGAGAACAUCCUCACCCUGGAUCGGCUGCGCCAGGAAGUUGCUGUGAAAGAGCAGCUAAUGGGAAAAGGAAAACUCUACCGUAGGAGCCUGAGCUCUCCCAACGUGAACAGGCUCUCUGCAAGCCGCCAAGAUUUAGCACCCCCUUACAACCUGAGCAGUAACCGGGGUCGAUGGGAGAGUCAGCAAGAUGUGUCCCAAGGUGCCACAAAUUCCAGUAGAGGCAUUAGUCCAUCUCGCACCUCCCUGCCGGGCUCUGGGCAGCAAAACCACUCUCCUGAUCCAGGUAUUGGUAGCCUGGCUGCUUCCUACCUGAAUCCUGUCAAGUCCUUCGUGCCUCAGAUGCCAAAGCUGCUGAAGUCUCUCUUUCCUGUUAGAGAUGAAAAAAAGGGCAGGCAAACCUCUCCCCUUGCCCAGCAGGCUGUCCCAAGAAUUAUGGUUCAGUCAGCCAGUGUGGAUACCAGUGCUGCCAGGAUAAGACAGAUGAACCAAGAGGAAGCAGGGAAACAGCCAUUCCAAACCACGGUGCAGGCGCCCGAGGUGGACAAGAGCCCGGAAAAGACACCCCAAGUGCCUUUGCAGCAGCCCCCGGGAGAUUCCCAAGCCCAGGACUCCCAGGAGGGGCCUCCAAGCCCUCUGAGUGAAGCCUCCAGUGGGUACUUCUCCCACAGUGUGUCCACAGCCACCCUCUCGGAGGCCCUCGCAGCGGGAAGCGACGCUGGGGCUCAGCCAGGGGGUCAAAUCCCUGCAGGGAGUGACUUCCCAGCUCCCGUGGUGGCUCAGGUCUCCUCUGACAUUCCAGGACACUCGGACGGUGCUUCCGAGAGCUGUUUUGGUACAAAGAGGGAGAGCCCACCCGCCUUCAGCCUUCAAAGCGCUCACCCAAGACCCAGAGACGGCCCUGAGGUGAAUGGAAACGGUUUGAAAUCAAAACCUUGCACAUCUCCCGGGACUCCGAGCGAGCAGGGACACGAUGCCUCUGUGGCCACUGAUGCAAAACCCUUUCUCUCUACCUCCACUCCAAAGAAGGAGUCGUUGUCCAAACAAUCAGCGGAGUCAGCAGGACAAGCUAGGAAAAAAGAAGGGGCUUCUGGGGCUUCGGAAGGUUGGGGGUUUCCCAAGCCACAGGUUCAUCCUGACCAGUUGUCCCAACCUGGCACUGCAACCUCCCCCUUCAAAAUCCAGAAAGUCAAGACGUCGGAGCUGAAGUCCUUCACAAGCAUGUUGGGGUCAGAUCCCACAUGUUCCCUAAACACAGAAGAGCAGCGAGAAGGAGGGAAGAGCGCGGCCGCUUCCCGUGGGCUGAACCACAACGGAUCAGAGACGGAAGAGGAAAAGCUGGAGGUGAUUUCCGACUCCGAAGACGCCAAUGAAAUUCCCGAGUGGCUGAAAGAGGGAGAAUAUGUCACAGUUGGCACCAAUAAGACAGGCAUUGUUAGAUAUGUCGGGCCCACAGACUUCCAGGAGGGAACGUGGGUUGGUGUCGAACUGGAUUUGCCUUCAGGGAAGAACGACGGCUCCAUCGGAGGGAAGCAGUACUUCAGGUGCAACCCAGGGUACGGAUUGCUGGUGAAACCGGGCAGAGUCAGAAGGGCCACGGGCCCGACGCGCCGGCGGACUAGCGGCUAUGUGGCUGCAGAGGACGCCGCUCGGGAGUACAGGCGGAGCGGCAACUUCUCCGGCUCAGCCUCCAACCUGGCCUCCCUCACAGCCCUGGCCAAGGCAGAGGGAGGAUCCACUCUACGGCUGGAGAAGAGCCAGAAGAACGCGGAGAACAGGAAAUCCUGGGCAAACUGAGGCAGCCCAACCCAGCGCGGCGAAGGCCGCGGGGUGCGGCCGGCGGAGCCGACGGCUCCGGGAAGAGAAAACCGACCUACCCGAACUCCCAGUUGAUGGCAAACACUAAUGAAGGGUUUCUUCUCUCUGCUUUGGGUGAUUGACACGAUAAUUCCUUGCCUUGUCAUGGUGCUGGAUCUCCAUCCCUCGUUUCCUGUUACAAAUCGUGGCGCUCCGGGGGGUGACCGAUGACGGCCGGUGACGGCGCGUGGCGGUGGGUGGGUGUGACCUCCCUGUCUUCCAACUUCCAGAGGUAAAUUGUUCAGGUCGUGGCGUGGCUUCCCAGCAGCUACAAAACACCCCCCUCGGUGUACAGGGCGAUUCCAAAAAGCCUCCCCAGAACAACAGUUCCUUUCCAGUUCCGUAGGAGCUGCGUCUCUGUGGCGGAAUCCACAGUGGAAGGGCGAAGUUGGGAUGAUUCCAGACAGGCAGGGAAGUGAACAGAGAACUUUUUGGGAAAUAAAGAGCCCUCAGACCCCUUAUAUUUAAAAAAGCCCAUGGGUUUUGUGAGUGGAACCAGUGCCUGUGUGGGUUACUGUCCCAUUGUCCCACUCUCCUGUGGAAAUCGGCACAGUCUUUCCGCCUGGUUUGGUGGGAAUGGGAGAAGACCCAUGACGUGCUCUGUAAUAUUUUUGAUCCAUUUAAUGUGCACUCUCACCGUGCCAGGAUCCCCUCUCACUUUCCCUAGAGUGGCAGGACCCUCCCCUUGGUUCUUCCCAGUGGGCCAAGAGGAUUUUUGCAGAGAUAUCAGCACUCAAGUGCUUCCAUGUUCCCACCCAACCUUUGGAGACCCUUGAAAUUUUACCAGUCAAGCAAAGCAGGGGAUCUCUGUCCUCAUAAUGGGAUUAAUCCAGUCUAUUUAUUUUUAUUUAUUCUUUUAAAACACAAAAUGUUUGCGCUUUACAAUCAUCCGCAGAGGAACCUCUCCCAGCACCAUCCCGAGCGCCGGUCCAAAGAGGAGGUGCCUCCGUCGCCAGCUCAUCCCCAAAACCCAGCUCCCUCUUUAAAGUGGGAGUUUUUAUAAAAACUUGAUUUUAUUUGUGGUAACUGUGGCUGGUUUUUAACUGCCUGUGGCACAGGUGACGUCCGUAGGUGUGUCCAUACCUGUGCACAGAUCAACCUGCACACACUGAUUUUCCAACAGAUCAUGGAAAAGCCACAGAUUUUACUAUUCUGAGCUGUUUGUGUCUUGUUUAGUCAUCCUGGGGGGACUGGAGAGCUUGAGCAAUAGAUGUUUUAGCUGUGUGGGGACUAUUUAGGACGUUAAAUCAAUGAUUAAACUCUAAUGUCGAUCCAACCGCUGCCCGUGGGUAUCCAAGUGCCUUAAACCAUCUGGUUCCGAGGUCCAAGGGAAAGCUACAUUGUCAUCAGAGGAGAUAGGGAUGCUCAGAGAAGGAGCUAAUUAUGCUGAUUUACUGUAAUUAAUAUCAUUUAUGCAGAAGGAAUAAAAUUAAAAUAGAAGCUAAUCUGUAGCUGAAAUAAGUGAGCUGGGUUCCGAUGCAGCCUGCAUAGGACUUCCAGGGAUUUGUGUAUCCUUCCAGCUUGGUGUAACUACUUUUCAGUGUUUCCUAAAUCUUCCUCAAGAAAUCUUAAUAUAAAAUGUACAGAGCAGCUUUUAAAGAUAUUUUUUAGUGUACAGUUUUUCCCUCCUUUUCCUUUGCACGAAGCUCCUGUGCAUCCAAGCCACGAACGGCAGGAAUUUGGGAGUAAAGAAUUCAGAUGCUAAAAUCCCGGGUUUUAAAAUUAAAACUGGUUUUAUAGAUGCAA